AUGUGCAAGGAAUAUACAAUGGUAAAGGCUCCCGCUUACUACAUGGGUACCCCCGCUCCUAGUACCCUUCCUCGUGGAGGGUCUCUUCUUCGUGCUUUUUCUCCCGCUGCUCCCCCUGUUCCAGCUGAUCGCGUCAAAGCAUUACCACCAGGUCCUACAGCGCCCAGCAAACCGGUCCGCUCGUACAUCCCGGGAAGCGGAUCGGAGCGGUGUUUCCCCUUUGCCUCAGCUGAAUGCCCUCGCGGUACCGACCAACUAUACUCUAUCCCUGCUCAUUCUGGUGAUGGAUACAUGUCAUCUCCCGAACGUAGCGCUCCACGGCCUUAUGAAGAUCCUUACUACACUCAAUUCCUUGGACCAUCUCCUGGAAGGGCUGGAAUCGCUCCAGUUAUUGAUGAAGAAGCCAAUGACACGGUGAUAAUAGAUGAUGCAUACCAAAUGUAUGGCGUAAAUGCAAUAACAACAGCACCUCGGCCCAUGCCGCGGCCCGGCCCAUACGAAAGGCUUGGCGCACCUCUGGAAGAUAUGCAGCGUCUUCGUGUAGAGAAGAUGGAACGUCAGCUCGCAAACCUGACGGGACUCGUACAGAAGGCUUUGCAGGUCCCAGCGGUGGUGCCAGCACCUCCAGCCGUGGCUCCUAGGCAGGAGUAUCAACCCUACGCUGCAAGACCAACUACGCAAGAUGCAGCACGAUUUGCCAGCACCGAGAGACCUCCAAAAUUAGGCAAAGACAGAUUUCAAAAAUCUGUCUCUUUUGAGAAAUCGGUAUCCUUUAGCGAUGACCCACCAGAUAUGAAUUCUCCCAAACAGCAUUCGCCUCAGCACUCAGCUGAUACAAAACCAACAAAACCGGCAAUCAAGUCAUCUACAUUGCCGAGGACAUCAUCUCAAGAACGUGAUCGCUUGAAGCCCGCUCCGCCUCCCAAGCCUGUUGGACUCGUGGGCCAGCAGCUUCCUUUGCCACCUCAGAAGACCUGCACUCUUAACGUCAACCCAGAUUUCUUUAAUCAGCUACGCUCUCUCCAGAAGCAAAGCCGUGAUCUACGUAUUGAGACCCGCAAUCUUCGUCGGUCUACUUUAAAUCAAUCCAUGCAGAUGAGGCAAUUGAUGGCCGAUACCAUUACAAAAAUUGGUGCCAUCGCUGCGAGCUUUUGUCAGGAAGAUCCAGACUCGCAAUUGACUCGCGAAGAGGAGAUCUAUCGCCAGGAUAUGCUGCUUUUGGAGAACGAUUUGUAUGAAUUAGAGGCCACAGUUGAACGUCUACGUGGCCAAGCGGCUAAUAGUUGCAGGGAAACCCGCGUCAAUAUGGCGGACAUCGAGCGCAUUGCAAUGGUGCUUUCAAAGAGCAGCAAAACUGUAGCUGACUGGAAACUGAAAUUCCCGAUCCUUCAGGAAACAAUGAAGACUAAGCUUGCUGGUGAAAUGGAAAAGGUGGUCCGUAAGGAGAAAAUGCUUGAAGACGAACCAGAGCGUUUGGAGCUUGCUCUGCGUCGCUGCAAAAAAUUGACAGGCACGCUGGUGACUUUGAAGAGGUUGGCUUGCGUCCAAGAACAGCGCCUGCCGGUCGCCGAUGGCCGCGUGUCUCCGAGCUCAUCCCAGAGCUCCAUCACUGUGGGUCCCUCAUCUGAGGAAUACACUUCUGAAACCGCAUGUGCUAGUGCGCCCACCAACAAGGCCGCCAGCUCCGGGCGAGGUGCUGCGCCCCGGGGAGCAACGGAGCUGCGGCCAGAGAACGCCCUCGAUGCGUUACUAGACGAACUGCAAACUUUCGCCAAACCGGCGGAACGCGGCGGGCGCGGCGACCCCCGAGACGCUCCUCUGCGCCGCCUCCACUCUUACCCCAGCGGCAGCGACACUGAUGCUUCCCCCCCGGUACGUGCUCGCGGCCAACACCCUCCGAAACCUCCAGUACCGGAGCGACAUCCUGAACUUCUAGCGAUGGCCGUCCGCCGCGCCCCGCCGCCGCCGCCGCCCCGCACCACCUCCCGCUCUCCCCUGGCCUCACCGACCUCACCACCCUCGCCCCCCUCGCCGCACUCCCCCCGCUCACCCCCUUGCCUAACACACACCGCUGAAAUCAACGACGACAAAAACGCCUCGCGUCAAGCUCUCCUAGAACAACGCCACCAGGAGCUCCUUAAGAAACAAAAGGCACUACAGGAACAAUACGCCAGACUGCAAAUGAUCCAACGCAGUGGGCCCACAUUACCGAUUAACGCUCAACCUGACUUGAAAAAAACUGGCAGUGAAUCUAAUCUCCUCACUAAAUUAAAUCUCAAUCUAGCACCAGCGAAUAUGUCCGGCAGUAUGACACAUUUAGCAGGAGAUAGUAAAAAGAAACAAAACGAUUUACCUUCAGAGCAACAGAAUCCUAAGGAGACAGUGCCUGACGCGAUGGCCACUACUAAUAAGGUUUACGAGACUGACAUACUGUGA